AUGGCUCGAUGGCUAAUAGAGCUCUACGCGGCCCUGUGCCCUUUGACUCUUGCCCUCAGGCUCGAGCAGCAGGUCUUCAUGUCUUCCUCGAACUCUGUCGACCCAAAUUCGAACCUAGGCGAUAACUCGGACGCGGGUUGGCGGGUAACGUUAUCGCGACAUGUCGACGUACUCGGCCCGUUCCCUAUACACGCUCGGGAGCAGCACUUCCUCUCGCCUGCUUUCCCGCUUGACUUGACCGGCCCCAUCGACCUCAACGCGACAUACCCAUCAUCCUACUCAGACGGUGGACGCGUCGGCUGGUCAAACGUCACCUUGCAAAACUCCGGCCAGAUACUCGUUUCGUAUCCCAACAUCAGAUGGCAACAACUCCGCGCAACAGAAGGCUGGGCAGCACUCCAACAUCACAGCGUCCUUCGCACAACUCUUACCGUCCACCCGCCCGCAGAUAGGGCCACGCCGCUGCCACCUCUCCUAAUCGACCUUCUUCAAGGCUCUUUUCUCGCGCUCUUACCACAGGAACAAGACCGCGAUGAGAAGACGGUCCCCGAAUGGUACUCCGGUAACAUCUACGACCUCACUCGAUACGUGACUCCCGCUGUACGAUUCCCGGUUCCGCCUUCUAUCUCAGAACCGACGAAGUAUGAUCUAUUCGUGAGCGGAGACUACGAGAUUCGUCUAUUCGGCGAUCCUGGACCCGAUACUCCUCCGACGCUCGAUAUAACACUCGGUGCAGAAUUUGCGCCAUUGUCUUCCGGAUUGGUGCACCAGCCUUCGCACGACGCGAUACCCAACUUCGUAAAUGGCUUUGCACUCGGCGACGCUCUGGGUGUCGGUGUACGCGGUUACGGCGACGACACCUGGUCCUUAGCCAGCGCGAAAGUCGCCGAUUCUCUUCCUGCACUCGCGGUGAACAUCGUCUCUCCCAUCAGACUAGCACCCAACCAAAUCCGCGUACUGCCUCUCCGCAUCACACACUACGCGCCGCUUCCAACCGAUGUGAAAACCAUUCCGAUCGAGCUGGUGUUCACGUUAGAUUCUCAAGCUGAUCCAGCGCAUUUCACCGUCAAUGUACCCAUCCGCCACAGAACGUUUCCCGGCAAGGGCAUCAUCGCCACUUACAUGUACGUGGAGAGCAUGCCGACCGCGUUCGCGGUGAACAGUCCGACUGGAACGAGCGAGGCGGGUGAAGAGCGUGCAGCUGUGCUUGCGCUGCAUGGUGCUGGAGUCGACGCGAUCAGGAUGCAGAUGUGGCACGACGCGCUUCCGCAGCGGCGCCACAGCUGGACGAUCUUGCCCACAGGGCGCACACCUUGGGGUCUCGAUUGGCACGGUCUCUCUGCGAAAGAGGCUUGGGCGAGCGUCGAUGCACUUCGCACGAUACUUUCCUCGCGUGAUGAAUGGGUCGGUUGGCGUAUGCCCGCCGAUCCACGCGUCGUACUCGUUGGCCACUCGAAUGGCGGUCAGGGUGCAUGGCACAUCGCCGCUCGAUGGCCCGAUAGAGUCAUUGCAGUCGUUCCCGCUGCGGGCUACAUCAAAGCGCAAGCAUAUGUCGCUCUCGUUCAGAGCCACUCGGCGCACUACAUCGAUCCUGCCCUUCGCGGUGUGCUUGAAAGCGCAUACACACCUGAUGAUAACGACCUGUUCCUAUCGAACCUCGCACAUCAUCCCAUCCUUGCUGUGCACGGAGGUGACGAUGACAACGUUCCAACAUGGCACGGACGCGAACAAGUCUCCAUCGUAGAGACCUGGGCUCGCGACGCCGGGAUCUCAGCCAACAUCACAUUCAAGGAAGAUCCUGGACAGGGCCACUGGUACGAUACCAUACUCGACAACGAGCAAGUAUCAACCUUCAUCGAGUCUCAACUCGUCGAACCUGCCUCGAAUGCAGUUGUACCGGCACGCUUCACUCUGACAGUCGCAGCUCCCGAAGAAAGUGGUUCGCUCUUCGGCUGGGAAGUUCUCAAUGUGAAGCACUUCGGACGGUUGGCCCGUGUGUCCGUCGAGUUUGUUGAGCGUGCCAUGACCAUCAAGACGUCAAACGUACAGAUGGUCAAAAUCGGCCGUCUUGUGUCUGGGACGACCCGUAUAAACAUAGACGGGAAAGAUGUGCAAGUCAUAUCUGGUUCGACGCUGAACCUUGUACCCGCGCAAGGCUGGGUGCAAUAUGAUCUUCCUCACCGCCCACAGCGCACGACCUUCCGCGCUUCCUCGAUCCUCACAUCGCCCGCACCGCUUCGCCUCAUCAUCCCGGAUGCUCCCACGCCAUCCGAGAUUGCCGCGGCUUCACGUAUCGCCCACGUUCUCCAGUUGUACUAUGCCCUCGACUCAGUCAUCAUAUCCGACUUUGAGGCACUCCGCCUUCACACGGAAGGAACGCUCGGCGCCGGUAACAUCGUCGCGAUUGGAAAUGUUGCGCGGGGUAAUUUUGUGCGCAAGAGCAUCGAGAGCGGGCGAGGCGCGUUCCAGCUGAACGGCGAUGUGCUAUAUGUCAACUGUGUUGUUGCUAGACAAGAUGAGGGCGUGCUCUUCCUGCAUCCACAUCCUACGACAGCUACGUCUUCGAUGCUCGUUCUCGCAGCGUCCGACGAUGCCGCACUAGAGCGUCUCGUUCGCCUUUUCCCAAUGCGUACGGGCAUUGCCGUUCCCGACUGGCUCAUCGUAACUCCCGACGCUGAUACUUUCAGCGCUGCGGGUGUCCGCGCUGCAGGGGUAUGGGACGCGGACUGGAAGUACAGCGCAAUAGGAUCCUGGCACGAUUAA